AUGUGUAAUCUGGCGAAGACCCUGAUUAGUGACCUUCGUCUUGAUAAACCCGCGCAACCGACGGGAUGUCCCAGUCUAGGUCCUCGUGUGGACAACAAGGAAGUCCACACGAAUGAAGGAAGUAGAGUGUUACUAGCUGUUUUCAUAUUAUGCGCUAAUGUUUCUAUAAUUUUCGAAUACGACCUGACCCUCUGGUCGUCGCAGAUGGACGACGCAUGCGAUAGCCUUAACGCAGGCAAAGAAUGUGAAGAAGAUGGCAUAUUGGCUGCCACUGCGCGUCUAGCAAAGAUUGCGAUUAGUGCUGCCGAAGUAUCUCGAAGAGCUUCGGAUGAUCCCAGUACAGCGAGACAUGCUAUGGUGGCUAUCGACCCUCUUAUUCUGGCGCUUAGCAAUUUCCAAAGAUCACUCUCUGCUGAGUGCCUACAGCACUGGCUUGUUAUCGGGCUCACCCAAACCGCUCAGGUUGCUAUCUACGACCUCGCGCUCUUGAGAUCGCCCACAGCUGAGCUGGCAGCGUCGCAUCUCGCCUUCGAGCCUAGACGCAUCGAAUACCUCAUGGAACUCCUACAGACAUGCAAAGCCUGCCGAGACCACGCUUUGACUGGCGAUGUCAUGAGUCUGACAGCUCCAUCAAUGCUCAUAUGGUCCUAUUGUUGCAAGAUCUUGUAUAGACUCUCGAGCAUCACAGGGGUACCUGGCUGGGAUCCAACCAUCGUUAAAUCAACCGUCGACAUCGUGCAGUGCUUAGAGAAACUCGCGGAGAUUGCUGAGCGAGCUAAUACUGAAUACAAGGCCGAAACAGGUGAGGAUACUAUGUUUGCUGCAGCCGCAGAAACUCUGAGAGCUAUUGCACCAAACUGGAAACCCCCCACGAGUGAGCAUGAUAACGCCAUGGUCAACGCAGCAGACGGAUGGAAUAGCGGGAUUGGCGGAGACAUGACGAUGCUGGACUUUUCGAACGACUUUUGGAUGCCUAGUGCUUUCAAUCUUUGA